AUGGCGCUAGCUCUACCAAACACCGCCGCCGCCUUGUCGUCCAAAUCCUUCACUCGAAACCGAGCCAUCCGCCUCCCCGCCCCCGGCCCCGUCGUCCAUCGCGUCUCAUUCCCCCUCGGACCCUCCGCCCGCCGCCACCGCCACCGCCACCUCCGCAUCUCGGCCGUCCACGCGGCCGAGCCCGCCAAAACCCCCGCCUCCGCCGCCACCAAGACGGACGCCCACGCCCCACUCGUGUCUCUGCUGGCCCCGACGCCCGUCGGCGCCAGGUGGGCCCCGGGCACCUGGAAGACCAAGAAGGCCCUGCAGCUCCCGGAGUACCCGGACGAGGCCGAGCUCGAGUCCGUGCUGACGAAGAUGGAGGCUUACCCUCCAUUGGUGUUCGCCGGCGAGGUCCGCAGCCUGGAGGAGCGGCUGGCGGAGGCGGCGCUCGGGAAAGCCUUCCUCUUGCAGGGCGGUGAUUGCGCCGAGAGCUUCAAGGAAUUCAGCGCCAACUAUAUUCGGGACACAUUCAGAAUUCUGCUCCAGAUGAGCGUCGUCCUCUCCUUCGGCGGCCAAUUGCCUGUAAUUAAGGUUGGGAGAAUGGCCGGGCAAUUUGCCAAACCAAGAUCGGACCCUUUCGAAGAAAGGGAUGGAGUGAAACUUCCCAGUUAUAAGGGAGAUAACAUAAAUGGAGAUUCUUUUGAUGAGAAAUCAAGAGUCCCUAAUCCUCAAAGGUUGAUACGGGCCUAUUGCCAGUCUGCAUCGACCCUCAACCUUCUUCGGGCCUUUGCUACCGGAGGUUAUGCGGCAAUGCAGAGGGUCACUCAUUGGAAUCUUGAUUUUGUCGAGAACAGCGAGCAAGGAGACAGGUAUCAAGAACUGGCCCACAGGGUCGAUGAGGCCCUGGGAUUCAUGGAGGCUGCUGGGCUCACGAUCGACCACCCAAUUAUGGCCACCACUGAUUUCUGGACUUCACAUGAGUGUCUGUUGCUUCCUUACGAACAAGCCCUCACCCGUAAGGACUCGACUUCCGGGUUAUAUUAUGGCUGCUCGGCCCACAUGCUUUGGGUUGGCGAGCGCACUAGGCAGCUCGAUGGCGCACACGUCGAGUUCUUGAGAGGGAUAGCUAAUCCUCUUGGUAUCAAGGUGAGCCAAAAGAUGGACCCUAAUGAACUCACAAAACUGAUUGACAUCUUAAAUCCUACUAACAAGCCGGGGAGAAUCACGGUCAUAGUCAGAAUGGGUGCCGAGAACACGAGAGUUAAGCUUCCUCAUUUGAUCAGAGCCGUCCGUAGAGCUGGCCAAAUUGUGACCUGGGUGUGUGAUCCCAUGCAUGGAAACACGAUCAAGGCACCCUGUGGACUCAAAACCCGUGCUUUUGAUUCAAUCUUGGCUGAAGUGAGAGCUUUCUUUGACGUGCACGAGCAAGAAGGCAGCAACCCUGGUGGGAUUCAUCUCGAGAUGACGGGACAAAACGUGACUGAAUGCAUAGGAGGAUCAAGAACCGUGACAUUUGAUGAUCUCAGCUCACGCUACCACACCCAUUGUGACCCGAGGCUGAAUGCUUCGCAAUCUCUCGAGCUCGCGUUUAUUGUUGCCGAGAGGUUAAGGAAGAAAAGGAUGUCCUCUCAACGCUUGAUCUCUUAA